UUUUCGCCAUCUUGACCGAAACAUAAACAUUCAGUCUGAAUCGGGCUGCUGGGACGCUGAAUUGUAAGAUAAUUAAGGAUUAACAGGUGUUUCCAGGACUCUAUUCAUUAAGUGCAUGUGGAGAAAUGCUAACCGGGAGCUCGGACACACGGAAUGGCCGAUAACCGCGUCUCAUGAGCGGCAGAACAGGGAUGGAAGACGUGGGCGGAGCUGCGUGGGCAGACUGAAGCAGAGGCAGAUUGGAAAUGGACCAGGACUAUGAGAGACGCCUCCUCAGGCAGAUCAACCAUCAGAACCUGCCUGAUGGUCAAGUGUCCAAGCCGGGCUUUGCCACAUGCAGUCCAGUCAGUGUUAAGUCAGGUGACAGAUUCAUACCCACUCGCGCAGGCAGCAACUGGAGCAUCAACUUCCAUUACGCCAACGAAAACUGUUGGUCUCCGAACCAGAACCAGCGCUCGAAGGACGCCAGUUCAGACACUGGAAAGGACGCGGUGGCCUAUGCUGCUCUCCUGCGGAACGAGCUCCUAGGAGCGGGCAUCGAAACCGUACCCGACCCUCACACAGAUGACCGACGGCAUGCCGUCCUCUCACAGGACACAAACAGCCUCUUCAGGUACACAAUUCACACAAAGAGAGUGCCUUUUGACAGCGGCAAUGAAAUCUCCCCGUAUUCCCUCUCUCCCCUCAGCAACAAAAGUCACAAGCUGUUACGAUCACCACGAAAGCCAGCACGAAAGAUCUCCAAAAUCCCCUUUAAAGUUCUGGAUGCACCGGAGCUGCAGGAUGACUUCUACUUAAACCUGGUGGACUGGUCAGCUGGAAACCUGCUCAGUGUUGGUCUUGGUGCUUGUGUGUACCUGUGGAGCGCCUGCACCAGUCAGGUGACCAGGUUGUGUGAUCUGUCAGUGGAUGGAGACUCUGUGACUUCGGUCUGCUGGAAUGAGAGGGGAAGCUUGGUUGCUGUUGGAACUCACAAAGGCUUUGUUCAAAUAUGGGACGCAGCUGGAGGGAGGAAGUUAACCAGCCUGGAAGGACACUCGGCUCGUGUCGGAGCUUUAGCAUGGAACGGCGAGCAGCUCUCGUCGGGCAGCAGGGACAGGGUGAUCCUGCAGAGGGAUGUCCGCGCGCCGCCUGCCGCUGAGAGAAGACUGCAGGGCCAUAGACAGGAAGUCUGCGGCCUCAAGUGGUCCCCCGACCACCAGCACCUCGCCUCGGGAGGCAACGACAACAAGCUGCUGGUGUGGAACAGCUCGAGCCUGGUGCCCGUGCAACAGUACAGCGAGCAUUUAGCGGCGGUCAAGGCCAUCGCCUGGUCGCCCCAUCAGCACGGCCUCCUGGCGUCCGGUGGAGGCACGGCCGACCGCUGCCUGCGCUUCUGGAACACACUCACAGGACAGGCGCUGCAGAGCACCGACACGGGCUCGCAGGUCUGCAACCUGGCCUGGUCCAAACACGCCAACGAGCUGGUCAGCACACACGGUUACUCACAAAACCAGAUCCUGGUGUGGAAAUACCCGUCACUCACACAGGUGGCCAAGUUGACGGGACACUCGUACCGUGUGCUUUACUUGGCCGUGUCUCCAGACGGCGAGGCUAUAGUGACUGGAGCGGGAGACGAGACACUCAGGUUCUGGAAUGUCUUCAGCAAAACACGCUGCACCAAGGAAUCCAAGUCGGUGCUGAAUCUUUUCACCAGGAUACGGUAGUGUCGGAGGCCUGAGAAGAGAGAGAGAACCCAGCGUCUCUUCCUCCUCUCCAACCCUCCUGCCCGUGUCUCCUUUAAAACCCCAACAAGUCUGUUCAUGUCAUCGUCCUGACUUUCUUAUUACUGUAUCAUGUGAAACUUCCCCAAAAAAAAGAAAGAAAGAAAAAAAAAUGGACGUGGUGUAAUAAUGUAAGUAGAGAGAAGCAGUUUAUCCAAACGCCGGUCGGUCCACGACCAUAUUUUCACUAUUUUGUAUGUGCAAACAGGAUCUCGUUACCAGACAGAUGACCAGAUGGAAAAUAAACAACACUACUGCAGGAUCUCU